AUGAAGGAUACCACUUAAGUUUAGCUAUCGAAAUUUUAGGAGGACUUAGAGAAAGGAUCAUUCCGGGUACACCUGAAGAAUAUAAAAAUGAUCGUCAUGUAUCAAAUAAUUCCGAACAUAUUCAUCAUUUGGCUGGUCAAAUGAAUUCAAAAGAAUUAGAACUCAAUGUUGAAACACCAGUUGUACAAGAGUUAGAAUCAAAUGUUAAAAUCAUAAAUGAAGAUUUAUCGACAAAUUUGAAUCCAUUCAAUGUGGACCGUAUCAGGAAACUAAAGGGUUACGAUUUCAAAACGGAAGUACCUCGGUAA